AUGGAGGAGGCCCAAGACGAUGUAAACGAGAUGGCUUAUCAGAUGCAGAAGUUCUCAUGGGUAGAUUACGUAGUGUUUGUGUUCAUGUUGGCAAUAAGUGCUGUUGUGGGUGUAUAUUGGGGUUUCAUGAAAAAACAGACCACACAAAAUGAUUAUCUUCUAGGUGGUAGAAAUAUGCAAGUAAUUCCUGUCUCCAUGUCUCUAGUGGCAAGCUUCGUUUCUGGGAUAACGCUUCUUGGUUCACCGACAGAAGUAUAUAUGCAUGGAACACAGUAUGCUUUUAUAAUUGGUGGAAUAUUUCUAAUGUCGAUUGUGAUGACUCAAGUCUAUUUACCUGUUUUUCACGAACUUAAGAUUACGUCUAAUUACGAGUACUUAUCGAUGAGAUUUGACAACAGGGUUCGGUUGUUUGGUUCAAUAUUGUUCACAUUUACACUGAUAGGCUGGUUACCGAUCGUCAUUUAUGUUCCUGCAUUGGCUUUUAAUCAAGUUACGGGUGUCGACAUCCAUAUCAUAACUCCAAUAGUUUGUUUAGUUUGCAUAUUUUAUACGAGCGCCGGUGGUCUGCAAGCGGUAGUAUGGACUGACGUUAUACAAAUAACUGUGAUGUUUGGGGCCAUGGUAUUGGUUGCGAUUAAAGGCACGUUGGAUGUUGGUGGUGUGGGUGUCGUACUGCAGCGUAAUCUAGACAGCGAGAGGAUCGAAUAUCCAAAUUGGGAUCCUAAUCCGACAGCAAGGCACACAAUAUGGAGUCUCCUAAUAGGGGGUCUGGUUUAUUGGUUGCAAGCAAAUUCUGUCAACCAGACAAUGGUGCAACGUUAUUUAGCACUCCCCACACUACGAGGUGCCAAAUGGUCCGUAUUUUUGUUUUGUAUUGGUAUAUCCGUUCUCUAUUGCUUAUGUAUCUAUUGUGGACUACUUAUUUAUGCUCGUUUUUAUGAUUGCGACCCUCUGCAAACUAAGUUAGCGAAAGCCAAGGAUCAACUGUUACCUUUGCUAGUGAUGGAUGUUCUUGGUGAUAUACCGGGAUUACCCGGCAUAUUUGUAGCUGGUAUAUUUAGUGCAGCCUUGAGUUCUUUAUCGACAAGUUUGAAUUCGAUGUCGGCAGUCGUGUUAGAAGACUUCUACAAGCCAUUUUUUAAGAGGCAACUUUCAGAACAGCAAAUUAAUUGGUUGCUUAAAGGGGUAGUUAUACUUUUGGGCUGUGCUUGUUUAGGUUUGGUUUUUAUCGUUGAGAAAAUGGGAACAAUUUUGCAACUUACCAUGACUUUAGAAGCAAUGACGAUGGGUCCUCAACUCGGAGUGUUCACAAUGGGCAUUUUAAUGCCUUGGGUGGAUGCCACGGGAGCUUUAGUUGGCGGUGUGUGUGGACUAUUAACGAUGGCUUGGUGGUGUUUGUCCGCACAACUAGCCAUUGCAAAUGGUCAAAUCGUGCAUCCUCACAAACGUCUCACUACGGAAGGUUGUUUAUAUAAUUUCACUAUAGCGGAUCCUGUAAACCAGUUAGCUGAAACGACUGUUGAGGUGAAUCCAGUACUUCAUGUAUCAUACAUGUGGUAUACGCUAUCUGGCGCAGUAGUGGCCAUGUGCAUAGGUUUGAUUGUUUCACAAGUAAACCGAAUACUGGGUAAGGUUCAUGUUCUACCGGCGCCAAAACUUCUCGCGCCGCUGUUGAGAGGAUUGUAUGGAGAACCACCACAUCCUAGCGACGAGCCUUACAUCAAUGCUUAUGAUAGCAAGAAGGAGCGUAUUAGUAUUAAAAAUUCUACCUCAAUUGAUAUGAAGCCCAUUAAUGAGAUUGAAGAAAUUGGAUAA